AUGGUUUCGAGGGCGAAAGUGGGCUGGGCUGCUGCAGCUGCAAAGACCGGCUCCGAAAGGAGAGCGAGGGCGCGGUGGAUGCGAACCGUGGGCGCGCUGCUGUCUCUGGGGUCCUGGAGCAAGAGUGGCAGAGGACUGGACCCCGCCAAGGGCGCUGCUUUUAUAACACUGUUAGGAAAGAGGGUCCCCUCCCACUGCCAUUCUAGCCGCGGAGCGCGCCAACCAAUGGGGACCCGGAGAGAAAUUAAGGAAGGGCCAGAAGUUAACAUCUCCCAGGUCAAGCGGCCUUGGCUGCGAGACAGGGCUGGUACAAGCUUCAUCCUGUACCAAGGCUUCGUCUCUGCAGCAGUUGUAGGAUGAUAGAAGUCCAAAAGGAAGCCACCCCCCAAGAAGAAGACAGGCACCCUAGAGACCCAGUUCACUCGCCCUUUCUGCAACCCCAAGAAGUCUUGUGAUGUGAAAAUGAACUGUGCUCGUAACACUGGAGUCAUCCCCUGUACCGUACACCUAAAGGAAUUCCAGACACCUGUCGUGUAUCUGUCAGACCCAGUGGGUGUAUACAGCGAUUGGAUAGAUGCUUGCAAGACAGCCAAUCAGGACAGCAACAUCAAGGACCUGUCCCCUCAGCAGUCCCCCACCUGGGUACCAAUACAGAGACAUUCAGGGCUCCAGAGUAUAGGUCCAGGGCUGUGACAGUUCUCCCUCUGUGUGCAUGGAGUGGAUGUGAAUGAGUAGAUGUCUGUGUGGCUGCAGAUAUGGCUGUAACGGUGGUCCUGGCUGCUGGUGGAUAGGGUGGAGGUGAGGGGUUGCUGCGUCUCACUGUACUGCCCAGGGUAGCCUCAAACUUCAGAACCUUAUGCCUCAAAUGACUCCGAAAGUCUUUGAGUUGCUCCCUUCUUCAGCCUGCACCCCUGCUCCCAAGCUUUAGGUUCCAGGCUCCUCUGGUGAGUUUCCUGACAUCUCAGGCAAGGAAUAGCUGUGGGACCUCCGGUCUCCUCAGCCACCUCACAAGCACCUUGACCUUCGGGAACUGGACUUCCCUUCCUUCCUAGUCUCCUUGGGCUUGUGGUCUGGGAGUGAAGGCUUUGCCGGGGAGCCUGUUUACAUCUUUAUUUACUUUUGUAGAAAAGGUGGGGGCUGGAUCGGAGACAGAGGUCACUCACAAGCCUGUAAAUAAAGCAGCCAGUGUGGGGGCGGGAAAAAAAAAAAGAUUGGGGGAAAAUGUCAUGCUAGUCUUAGAAAUCUUGCCAAUUACAUUGGCAUCCUGGGAAAUUGCUACUUUGUGGAGAUCAGAUAAUUCCCAAGUGGUAGGAGGUUACUAUUUUUUUUUUUUUUGGAAGUAUUUAUGUAAGAGAUCAGGUAAUAAUAAAAUGGAUGUGUUUUGUAGCACAGUUUUCUUUUACAGAGCUGAAAACACUCUUGUUACUUUAUUUUUGAAAGUUUCAUGCACAUAUGUACUGUACUGGGGUUAUAUUAACAUUCCAUUACCCUCUGCUAUAACCCCUUCCUUUCCCUCUGAACCCCUUCUAAUUCCCCAGUGGCUACAACAUGAAAGAAAAUCGUACCCUCUCCUCCAGUGACAACCAAACAGCCAACUGUUCCUUAGAAAGAGAUGAGCCCCCAUGGGCACCUCCUCUAUCAAUGAUGAUAUGUUGAAGAGACCAAUCUUAUGCAGAUAUCCAUAGCCUCCUAGUGUUCAUGAUUGCAACAUCCGUGUCAUAUCUGAGCUUUCUACUUGCUGUCCUGUGAUGUCCCCUGAGCUUUAGGGGACACAGAUGACACAAAUGUUCCAUUUAGGGCUGUGCCUCAACAGUUGCUUAAUGUCAGCACGUUGUCUAUAUAUGAGUUUCUGCAUUAACUAUCAUUCUUUGCAAAAGGGAGCUUUUCUGCUCCAGAUUCAGAGUGACACCAGUCUCUGGCUAUAAAUAUAAAUAUUUAGAAGACAAUUUGACCAUAUAUCCUUUUAGGGAUACAACAGUAGUUACCCCCACCUCUUUCAGUUUAUGAGAUCUUCUGAUACAGCCUUUCGGCCAAGCUUAUAAUACCAGGUGUGUAUUCCUUCCAAUAGAACAAGUCUCCAGUCCAGUCACAAAAUUGGUGGUUGUCUAUCAAACAGCGGUGCCACUAUCACACCGGUACUCACAUCCUGCGUGGUGUGUCCGUAUUGCAGUAUGCACGUUCUAUAGCUUGGUGAUGCUGUUGAGUUUUGUCCCCAAGCCGCCUUCACAUCACCUUUGUGGCAGGAUGAAUGCUCAUCAGCAGGGAGGGAGUGGUGCUGGAGUAUUUUUGGCAUUCUUAGCAUAAUAGCUAUCUCUUUGCAUCUUUCCCCUGCUCUGAUGAAGCAACAGGACUCAUUUUAAUUCGGAGAAUGCUGUGCCUUUACCGAAUCAUCACAGAAUUAUGGACAUUUUGAGGGGAUUUCUGUGUAAAUCUCAUAUUCUACUUUUGAUUCAGCCUGUCAGAAUGAGUUGAUAGUGAUGUCACUUGAUUCCUGCAUACAAUUAAAUGAAUAAAAAUGUUGGCCCAUAUUUGUUAAUGGAAAUAAAAUGAAUGGGGCCGAGUUUGAGAGUGUAUUGCUUCUACAAGCAAGAACACCCCUGUUGUGUACCCACUCUCUGUUCGUUUGAAUGGAGGGGGAAAUUUUGAAUGUUUUAGCCCUUCAGGACACUAAUACUGAGCAAGCUAAGAAGAAUGCAAGAGCUGCAUGAAAUGAGAGGAGGCUCGAGAAGUCCAAGGACAAUCCGGAGUUUUCAAGGUCGAGCCAAAGCAUUACUGAUAAAACAUGUAGGCUUGCUAUCCAGUUUUAAUGUUUUUCUCAUUCAUCUCGUGGCUUUUGUAUAUCAGAUUUUUUUCCUAAAUAAUGCUUAUUAACAUUUGCUUCAUUUAAAAAAUAGAGCAUGGUUAAAGUAUUGGUCAUGUGGGAGAGACAAAGGCAGCACCUACAGCAGUGUGAAGGUAUAAAUCAAAGGAAAAGUACACGUGCAUAUAUUAAACACCCAUUGAAUCCUAAAGCAAUAAUGGCAUGGUUACCAACAGGUUGGGUUGUCCUAAGAGAACCAGAAACCCUAUCCUGCUGAUAGGGUUUUGAGUACCUACAUGUUCCAGGCUCCCUGCUGGCUGCUAAGGACACAGACGUGUUCUUAGAGACUGUGUCUUCUACGUCCCUCAUUUCUAUGAAAUAAUUUGUCUCUAAGACUUGCAUAAUGAUGUGGCCACAUUGAGCUCCAAGUGAGUUUCUUCAUAAAGUCAGAAGGCCCUAGGGAAACAACAUUGACUUUUACUCCCCAAAUCCAUGGAAAUGUAAACUUUACUGUUUUGUCCUCCUUUGCAAACUACAGUGUGAGUUUUAGUUGCUGGGUUACUAGCUCAAACACAGGCUCCCAACUGCAGCCAGGGAAGUGCAGUUAGCAAUUAAGUAAAGGAAAUGACUAGUGGGUUUGAAACCCAACUGCUGUCCCAUUCUUCACUUAGUGAAGCAUCUCCGUUACCCAGACAACUUUUAUCACUAAGGAAGUACUUGUGACUCAUCCUCAUACAGAGUGACUUAUUUAAAAAUCUGAGUUCACUACCCUUAUCAUUAUGUCUCUCUUUUCUUUUCUUUGGACUAAGGCAGAAAGAACUGCAUUAGGAUGGCAUAUUAUUCAUUGGCUGACCCGUAUGGUAUAAUGCAAUGGUCCCAUGGUGACUGGAAUAAAAGAUAGAAGCUUCCAGUGUGGAGCCAAGUCAUGGGGUUGACACGUUGCUGUGUCUUGCCAUGUGAAGCAUUUUCUGGAGGGAAGCUGUGAAAAGAACCCUUGUGGGGUUGGGGAGGGAGGAUGUGCUAGCGCAGUGUUUCUCAGAGAGUGGUACCCUGACAGUCAACAUCAGCAUCACCUAGUGAUUUGUUAGAAAUAGUCCCCACCAUCCCAGAUAAACCUGGGUGGGGCAGUACUCCGUAUUUUAAGAAGAAUCAGUGUGAUUCUCAGAACCUUGAUCACAGUGAAUCAUGGGUGUUUGCGGUCAUAUAGAGUAUGAAUCAUGUACUGGUUGGAGAUUGAGGGAAACUGGUCAGUCUUCGCUUAUGAAGAGAGAAGGAAAUGAUAAAAAAGGAAGCACUGGGUGGGUGUCACAGCGCUUGUCUGCAAUCCCAGCACUUGGGUGAUAAAAGCAGGAGAGCCAGGAGUUCAAAGCCAGCCUCUGCUACAUAGUGAAUUCCAGGACAGCUGGGCCAUAUUAGAUAGCCCCUCUGUGUGUGAGUGUGUUUCAUGAAUUAUUUGUUAGUGUGUGGGUUUGCACACAUGUGUGCACAUAUGUGUGCAAGCUGGAGAUUCCCAUCAGGUGUGUUCUUCUUUCACUCCCACCUUAUGCUUUUUGAGGUGGAUUCUUUCAUUGAACCUGGAAUCCAUUGAUGCAGCUAGACAGGGUAGCCAGUAAGUGCCAACAGCCUUCUGUCUUAGGCCUCCCACUCCCAGCACUGGGACCCCAGGCAAACACAGCUAUACCUGACGGUUUAUGUUGAUUCUAGGUGUCUCAAUUCAGGUCUUCAGGCUUGCCAAGCAAGCAUUUAAUCUUCAGUCUUGCAAGGCAGGCAGUUCACUGACAGUGCCAUUUCCUCAGCCCCCAACCCCCAUUUCAAAAAUAUAAAAUGUAUUUUUAAAAGGCAUUAAAAUUUUGAAUUCAAAAUAGAAAAUAAAUAAUAAAAGUCUGGCCUUUAAUUGCUUGCAUGAACCUCACAGGGGGCAAUCAAGAUGAGUAGGUUAUUACAACAUACACUACGACAUGGUUCUGAAAUUGUAGAAUAAUUGUUCUUUUAAGAAAAGGCAUUCUGCCAGGUAGUGGUGUUGCACAUCUUUAAUCCCAGCUCUUGAGAGGCAGAGUUAGGUAGAGUUUGUGAGUUUGAGGUCAGCUUGGUCUACAGAACAAGUUCCA